CAUCCUUACAGGCUCAGUGAACACGUACAUAGCCUCUUCGUGACCUGUAUUACCCGAAUCGCCGUCGAACAUGGUACGUGCUUGUCGGUCGCUUCCGCAGACCUUCUAGGUCCAAUAUCCGUUUGGAGCGAUGCGACUGGGGCUGAUGUGCAUUUUGCUCUCUUCUGCACCGCCCUUGGAUUCCUGAAGGCUUCUCAAGACAUGUCAGCCGCUGCUCAGCAGCCAGAUCGUCCCUAUGCCAUAGUCCCGACCGCGCAUGCGGCCGCGACCUCCACCUCCACCUCCGAGACCUCGCACCCGGUGCAUAAGGGUAUACACGAUACCAUGCGCUAUGGUCCUCGUUCACUAGCAUUCGAGACUGCCUCCAACUCUUCUGGAGCAGGUGGAGGAGUACACCCGUUGCAGAACAGGCUUGAGCAGUGGGAUGAGACGAGAGAUCGAUUGAACCUGAAUUUGCAGAGGAACAUGUAUGGCCUCGGAGCGCCGCUACGGCUGCUGAUGGACAGGCGAAUCGCAUCUUACAACCCACACUUUCCGUCGCGGCAGGUGUCUAACUUUCAUCUGGACAUUCUAAACGGGAGAGACGAGAGCAUCGAGCCAGUCGACUUCCUGCCUUCUGAGAUUGGCUCAGAGAUUGUCGACAUCCACGCACAAAUGGAAAAGAAGCACAAGAUCUAGCCCGAGCAUGUACUCGAUGCAUGCAUUUGUAUUUGUAGCAAAUCCUCAAUAGCAGACCCGCAAUCUGGAGCGAUGGAUACUGUCUUAUGCAUGAGUAUGGCAUCAUAACUCAAAAGGCUCAAUCAUACAACACAUCAAUCAGCACCG